AUGUCAGACGAUGAACAUUUUUCCCUUCAUAGCUUUGAUCCAGAUAACAAUAUUGAUAAUGAUAUCGAUCAAUUUUAUAAGAAAUUGAGUCUUUAAUUUUAUGGUGAGAAUAAAAAGAAGAAAGUUUCCUUACUUAUGUCCGGUUCGACCAAAGUAUAAUUGGAAUCUCUACAUUCUAGGAGACAAGCAAGCCCAGUAGAGACACAUUGCCAGAAGUUUAAAAGGGUUUUAUGUAUAUGACUCCUUUAUCUACUCGACCAGGUAGUCCUAGAGUUGGUCGAAUUCAAGUACAAAAGAGAGCUACAAAUCAAAAUUUUUCAGGGAGUCCUUCCAAGACAAGACCUCUAUAAUCAAAUAAACUUCUCCAACUCCUCCAGUCACCUUAUAAUUCUAAAAAUACUUAGAAACAGGCUUUCAUCAAGAAACAAAUAGAUAUGAUAAGACGAAUGCAAUUAUAAGAGUUAAAAGAACAUUAUUAUAAAUGA